AGAAGGAGAAGAAGAAGAAGAAGAAGAAGGAACAACAACAACAACGAAACGAAAACAGCAAAAACAGCAAAAUUAGGACACUAGCAUGGCUGCCGACAGCGAGCCCGAGUCGGAGGUGUUUGAGAUCACCGACUUCACAACAGCGUCAGAGUGGGAACGGUUUGUGUCCAGAGUGGAGGAAGUGCUGAAUGACUGGAAGCUGAUUGGGAACUCAGCAGGAAACCUGUCCCUGGAAAAGGGUGAAUACACCAGAGGCACCUGGGGGGAGAAUUCUCAGGAAAUAAAUUUUGCUGAUUUUAAGUUCCUCAUAACUCACCACUUUCUGAAAAAAGAAUGUGAAAAGGACAGUGGGAAGGACAAGAUUGAGGAAGAUGCCUUCCCCUUGGCAAUGGAGGACCUUCUGUGUAUGAACAAUGAUUUCCCGCCUCGAGCCCACUGCCUGGUCAGAUGGUAUGGUAUACGAGAAUUUGUGGUCAUUACCCCUGGAACCAACUGUGAGGCCAUCGUCAGUGAGUCAAAAUGCAAUCUGCUCUUCAGUUCCAUCUCCAUUUCUCUGGCCAACAGUGGCUGCCAGGUCCCCAUAUUUGUUCAGAUCCAGCAGAAGUGGAGACGGAUGUAUGCUGGAGAGUGCCAGGGGCCAGGUGUGCGCACUGACUUUGAGAUGGUCCACCUCCGAAAGGUGCCAAGUCAGUAUAACCACCUGUCUGGCCUGCUCGACAUCUUCAAGUCUAAAAUAGGUUGUAACCAGUCCCCUCUACCUCCAGUCAACAUUGCAAUCCGUUUUACCUACAUUCUCCAGGACUGGCAGCAGUAUUUGUGGCCACAGCAGCCUCCAGACUUUGACACACUUCUUGGAGGUGAAGUGGGAGGAGUGGAGUUUGGUAAACUUCCUUUUGGAGCCUGCGAGGAGCCAAUCAGUGAACUUCAUCUUGCAACCACUUGGCCUCAUCUGACAGAAGGCAUAGUUGUGGAUAAUGAAGUCUACAGUGACCUUGACCCUCUCCAAGCUCCUCACUGGUCUGUCCGAGUCAGGACUGCUGAAAACCCUCAAUGUUUACUGGGUGACUUACUGACAGAGUUCUUGAAGCUCUCCUUUAGGAAGGAGUCUACUGAGGAUGUUCUUGGAAGAAGAUUGGUUGAAGAUGAGGGCAAAGAAAAUAGUGACGUCAGCACUGCUUUAUCCAAGCUGACAGAGCCAGCAGCAACAGUGCCUAUCUCUAAACUAUCUGUCUCCAAUAUGGUGCACAGUGCCCGAAAGCACAUCCGACGCCGUAGACACGAUGAUGAGUCACCCCUGAACACUGAUGUACUCAAUUCUGUCCUUCUGUAUCUCUUCCCAGAUGCUGCUGUGGAGCGAUCAUCAGAGAAAAGCAAGAAUAAAGCUGCACAGGCAAACUCCUAUGAGAAAGCCGAGCAAGAUAAAAACUCUGACUGUAUGCUGAACUGCUGCAUUGAGAGAAAGAGGGCCAGAGAUGAGGCUCGCAAGGUGCUGGACGGGAACAAAGAACGAGAGAGCAGGGUGUCUGGUGGCUACCAGAACAGCUUUCCUGUACCAGAGUCACCAAUUGAUACAGCAGCAGCAUCCGCCUCAACAAGGGAGAUGUCUGUGGGAAAAUCCUGGGACUCUUGGAGCGACAGUGAGGAGGAAUUCUAUGAGUGUCUGAGUGACCAGGGGGAGGUAGAAACUCCAUAUACUGAGAAAAAAAAGGAUGGAAGCAAAAGUAAAGCAGAGGGCAGGCUGCACCCCUUUAACAACAUGACUCUACUCAACUCUGCAGAUCCUAUCUAUGUUCCUGUCACACAGGAACCUGCUCCCAUGACAGAGGAUCUGUUAGAGGAGCAGUCAGAAGUACUUGCCAAACUGGGCACAUCUGCUGAAGGUACCCACCUCCGUGCCCGGAUGCAGAGUGCCUGUCUACUCUCUGACAUGGAGUCCUUUAAGGCAGCCAAUCCAGGCUGUGUUCUGGAGGACUUUGUGCGCUGGUAUUCACCAAGGGAUUACAUAGAGGAGGAGGUAAUCGAUGAGAAAGGUAACACAGUGGUGAAAGGGAAUCUUAGUGCCAGGAUGAAGAUCCCAGGCAACAUGUGGGCAGAGACUUGGGAGACAGCCAGGGUUACACCUGCACGUCGCCAGAGAAGGCUUUUUGAUGACACUAAGGAAGCAGAGAAGGUUCUGCAUUAUUUGGCUGUACAGAAACCUGCUGACCUAACACACCAUCUCCUGCCCUGCAUACUCCAUGCUGCUAUUAUGAAAUUGAAGGAGGAGGAGUUAGUAGAAGACAUUCCAUCGGUCAAAAAAAGCAUUCAGCAAGCUACAUCUCAGGCCAGCAAGCUUCUGCAGCCCCACAACCAUGACAACAAGAAAUUAGAGGAUUUCAUCAACCAGUUGAUGACCAUGGAAACAGUCAUCACACAAGCUCGCUCACUCAAGGCCAAGUUUGCCGUCAAUGAGGGUGAGAGUAAAGAGGACACAGCUGAACUAGAAAAGUUUGUGAGUUCUCUCUUGGAAGAACCGGAGGUUGUAGUCGUUGGAGCUGGCCAGGGCCCAGCUGGCAGCAUCAUCCACAGACUCUUUGUCAGCGCUCAAAGGCUGACUGACUUCACCAGUGAUGAGGCUACUCUCCUGACACCACUGGACGAAGAGUUGGGAAAUGCCAGGAAGCCAACUGGAGUAAGCAACAAAGUGCCUGACUUCCCCUCUCCGGCUGGCAGGGAGAUUAUUUUGCGUACAUGUGUCCCUCGGCCGGCACCGUACUCCAAAGCUCUGCCUCAGCGGCUCUUCUGUGUGCUGUUGAGGGAGGAGUUCAGAUUGGCAGGGGCCUUCUCUUCAGACACUUCCUUCUUCUAAGAUUAAAUACCAUUUCACUAUAUUUGUUAUCAAAUCAUGUUGCAUUUGGUCAUUAUAAUCUGCACCUUGCAACCAGAAGUAGAUCAGUGAAGGGCAAAGGCUGGCAUAUUGAAAAUAAUUAAUUUAGUUUAUCCUCCAUAGAUUCAUGAGUACACAAUUACAAGUAUCAAGUAUUUUUAUAAAGAGAGAGUUUAAAAGAAGGAACAAAAUAAGUUUCACUUUGCAUCUGUAUGCAAUAUGACCAGAAAUGUUCCUGAGACACAUCGAAAGGACAGCCUGCUCAACCUCUGGACCACUAUGGUUUCACCAUGAAGCAAAGUAUUUUUACACUUCUCAGUGGCCAUUUAUUUGUGACCACCACUAAAAUUUUAACACCAUUUACUUUUCUUUUUUUGUCAAAUUAGUGACUGUGACUGUAAUGACACA